AUGAGUAUAAACCGCUCUUACCUAAAUAUCCUCUCAAUCGGGCUAUUACUAUUGAAUUCAAGUGACUUCGCUUAUGCUCAAAAGAAACUAUUGCUGAUUGGAGGAGCAACCAAUCUCUGUUCAUCUCUCUAACCAACUAAUUGUGAUUCUAAAAUUGAUUGGCAGAAACUUGCUUAGGAUUAAGGCUAUCCCUCAAACGUUUAAAUAAAAUACCAAGAAAUGCUACAGCUUACUGAUUUAUCUAUAUAGAAUUUGAAAGCUAAAAAAGAUUAUCCUUCCUGGGCUAUCUCUGAUCUCCAAAGACUUGAUAAAAGCAAAAAGUACUCUGUUGAUGAUUUUAAGACUCAGAUAGCUAAAAUAGAUUCUCACUUUAUUGAUGAUCUAUCUGAUGACAAUUGGGAAGCAACUUUGAAUUUCCUUUCUAUUACCUAAUCUGAAAUUGUAUCAUACAAGAACUCUCCAGUUUAUACCUAAAAUCUUUUUGAUAAAUUUGUAGAUCUCUCAGGAGGAUCUAAUGCAGUGAUAGGGAUUGUCUCAGCAUCCUCCUAAGAUUAUAUGGACACCUAUAUCUUCUACAAAAAUGCGUUUAAAUUAGCAGGACCCAAGGAAGUCGUCUGGAUUCCAAUAGAUUUAGCGCUUAGGAAAGCAAGAUAAAACAAUGACUGCGAUAAUAUUCAAAAUUACGUGGCAUCUGAAUAUGGAGAAUAUGAUACAAAGAGAAGAUAUCCAGAUCUGACAAAUUACUAAAUUCAAAAAUGUAAAGACUCUCGAUCAUUAAUGGAUGACCUCAAUAGAAUCACUGGAAUAUUCUUUUGCGGAGGGGACUAAGCCAAGCAUAAAGAGUCUUUCAUUACUUCAAGCGGUAGUGAUACUGAUGAAAUGAAAAUAAUAAGAUAGAGAGUUAAUUCAGGCUAAGUUACUCUAAGUGGAUCGAGUGCUGGCACUGCUGUAAUGGGAGGACCCUCUAAAAAGCAAGAUGUCCCAAUGAUUGCUGGAGGUCAAAGCUUUUAAUCACUCGUAGACAAACCACUUGAUUAUAUUUGCACAACUUCUGACUGCCAAGAUGACUUGCAAUAUGAUCCAUAAGGUGGUCUGGACAUCUUUUAGACAGGCCUUCUCGAUACCCAUUUUAGUUAAAGAGGGAGAUAAGGCAGGGCAAUUCGAUUAGCUUCAUUAAGAAAUUUAGACUUUGCUUUUGGAUGCGAUGAAACAACAGCAAUCUUAUUGAUUGAUUAACAAAACCAAACAACAAUAAAUGUGAUUGGUGAGUAUGGAAUAUCUUUGUUCGAUCUCAGAUCCUCGAAAAAAGGAUCCUCAAGCUAAUUUUCUAUCUAAAAUGUAUAUUGGAGUUACCUUACACAAGGAGACUAAAUAGUAUUCUCACAAGAUGGAAGUAUCAAGAUUAGUGCUGCUUCAUUUAAAAGCAGAGUGAGAGAGAGUGGAAGAUCUUUGACUACUACAGAUGUCUUCAGUAGUCCUGAUAGACAAAGUGGAAGAGACAACUAUAUGGAAUUUGUUGUCAUCGGCACAAGCCUUAUUGACUCAACAGAUACCACAACUUGGGGAGAAACUUAUGAAACUGAUCCUAGUAUUUAUAGAGUCAACUUCAAAAAAGUAUCAAGCACCCAAGGCUUUAAAGGAGUAGAUCCAAAUGGAGAUUAAAGAUAUUCAAUUAUCAAUAUGUCUCUUGAUGUUCAACCAAAAUCUAGAGAUGAAGAUCAAACAGAAAAUGUAGCAAGAUCUUUCCUCAGUCUUUGA